AUGUGUGGGAUUCUUUUGAGGGUCUCGAAACCUCAUUUGGGGAAACCUUUGUGUAUACCGGACCUUCACACAGUGGGAAACUGCAAAGUAUGGGAGACGACAGAUUCUGACACGAUCAAAAAGUUUUUGCAGCAUGGCGAAAAAAUUCAACCAUUGACACCCCGACAAUUGGUCAAGUUAAAUAGCUUGGACAAGCUACGCGAGUUGACGAAGCAGCUCGCAAGAAUCAAAAAUAAUGUGAAAAUAAGCUUAGAAGACAAGGAGCAGCAAGUACACGAUGUUCAACGCCAGAUAGAUGCCAUUUCACGAGAAGAUGAGGUUGAGAUGACCAAGGAUAAUGAUGAUGAUGAUGAUGACGAUGAUAUGGACUCGCUUAUUUACAAGACGUCAAAUCGAGGACCGGACUGUCUCAACUACACCCAGUUUGACCUCGACAAUAACUACACGUUUCAAUCUUUUUCAGCGAUCUUGUCACUUCGCCAGCCAUUUACGAAACAGCCGAUAAUGGAAGAUCAGUUUGUUUUGCAGUUCAAUGGCGAGUUGUACAACCGCGAGUGUUUGCACUCGAAUGAUACUCAGUUUAUAACGACUUUGCUCGACACGAACAUACAACGGUUUGACAGACGCAAGGCCGUUUUGACCACGUUGAAUCAACUCCAAGGCGAAUGGGCCAUCAUUUUAGUUGACUUGAAGGAAAAGAUUGUCUACUUUGGCCGCGACCGUGUCGGAAAGAGAUCGCUUUGUUUUGAGCUUCGAGAUGGAGACGGACAGCUUACAAUCAGCUCAAACUCAACAGUGAGGUCUCAGGAGUGUCGAAAUGCGGUUUACGAGUACAGCCUUUGUUUAGAGACCAUGACAAUCCACAAGCUGGAUAGUGUUUUGCCCGAUCCUAUAUUUGCAGACACCAACGUGAAUAAAGAGACUAUCCUAGAUGAGCUAUACAACAGACUCAAACUAUCGGCCAAGAUCCGCCAAGAAUCAAUCCACCCAUUAAAAUCAACCUACGCCCCAAAUGAAAGCGCCAUGGCGGUUUUAUUCAGCGGAGGACUAGAUUGCACAAUCAUUGCACGCUUGAUAUGUGAGCUAAUCUCAGACGGACACACGGGGCUCGAUUUGCUCACGGUGGGGUUCGAUAACCCGCGCACAUCUCAAGCACCAGACUCGAGCCCCGAUAGGAAACUAGCGACGAAAUCGUGGUUUCAUCUCUGUAAAAUGUUUCCCCAGCUACAAAUCAACUUGGUGGAAAUCAACGUUGACUAUCAGAACUGGUUGAUGCAUAAGCUGAGAGUGCGCGAGUUGAUGUACCCUUGCAACACCGAGAUGGACUUGUCUAUUGCCAUUGCCUUUUAUUUUGCCGCGUCCAAUCUACCAGAGUUGACCACUAUGAAACAGCUAGUCAAUCAUGAUGUCGCAUGGGAACAGUUUGCACAAACGCCACACGCGUAUAUCCAAGAGACGCAAAACUACAUCUCCAACAGCAAAGUUUUAUUCAGCGGACUCGGCGCAGACGAGUUGUUCGCGGGCUACUCGCGCCACGAAGGGAUCUUCAACACGAUAAACGAAUUAAACUACCACGACUUGGCCCGCUCGCUAAUCCACGACAUUCAAGUCAUCCACGAGCGGAACUUGGGGCGAGACGACCGCGUAAUGAGUUGUUGGGGCAAGGAAUUGCGAUACCCUUACCUCGACGAAAUCUUUAUCGACUGGACAAUCUCCACCGUUCCAGCGAAUUUGAAAUUCAAAUACUCCAUGACAAAAGAUAAGCGAGGUAAGGACAGAAUUGUGCCUAUUCGAAAGUACAUCUUGCGCGAGCUAGCCGAGAAGAAAUUGAAUAUGCCGUGGGUGGCUCACGAAUUGAAACGAGCGAUUCAGUUUGGUGCCAAAAGCGCAAAGUUGGAAAUCGGCCAGAGUAAGUCAAAGGGCAACGACUCCUUGUCCUGA